AUGUGGGCACCAAAUCGAUUUCAGAUAAAACCGCCAAUGUAUCGAACAAAUUUUUUUCAACUAAAACACUUGACCGAGUGAAAAAAUCGCUGCCACCUCCUCGGCUUUCGAUUUUUAUAUUUUUCUUGUCCCUUACUUUAUUCCAGUCCUCGCUUUCAAGAAAUUCGAUGCAUUGCUGAUAUAGCUCAUGCGCCGAUAUAGAUUUAUUUAUUGAGCAAAAUGCAAUAGAAAGUACAACGACCAAGAAAGACUCUAUUAAAGGAACGGGCUGAACAUCUAUAUCAGGAAGUGCUAGAAAGUGACAUGUCAAAAAAUGGUGACAAGUCUGAAAAAAGUUGACAAGUAAACGCGCCAAAUUUUUAAAAUGGCUUUAUUAUUAAAAUAAUUAAGACUUAAGAUACCCAAUUAGACUGAAGAUAAUAAUUCCAAAUUAAUAUGAGGGCUAUUUAUUUAAUAUUUUUCAAUUUUAAGAGUUCAUGUGCAAAUUCUUCCACAGUGGAUUCCAUCUUUAUAAUCACUUAAGUAAAAAUCCUACUGGAAUUUUUGCAUGAUAUGCUUACUAGAGUUAUAGCACUUGAAGACCUAUACAACUGUUCGCUCGGUAAGUCCCCCCUUUGCAUUUUCAGAUUUUAAAGUUCAAGUGCAAUUUCUUCCAUAAUGGGCUCCAUCUUUAUAAUUGCUUAAGUCAAAAUCCUACUGGAGUUUUUGUAUGAUAUGCUAACUGGAGUUAUAGCACUUGAAGACCUAUGCACUAGUUCGCUCGGUAAGUCCCCCUUUGCAUUUUCAAUUUUGAGAGUUCAUGUGCAAUUUCUUCCAUAAUGGACUCCAUCUUUAUAAUCACUUAAGUGAAAAUCCUUGAAUGAUAUGCUUACUGGAGUUAUAGCGCUUUCCCGAGGAUGGCGCGGAAUGGCGCCAUCCUCGGGAAAGUCAAUUAAGCAUCCACACGGGAACUGGGAGUUCCACGUGUGGAUGCCAUUUUUGACAUGUGGGAUCCAAACUUCCACAUGUCAAAAUGGCAUCCACACGUGGAACUCCCAGUUCCCGUGUGGAUGCCUUCCUGGCUUUCCCGAGGAUGGCGCCAUUCCGCGCCAUCCUCGGGAAAGCGCUAUAUAGCACUUGGAGACCUAUGCAAUAGUUCGCUCGGUAAGUCCCCCUUUGCAUUUUCAAUUUUGAGAGUUCAUGUGCAAUUUCUUCCAUAAUGGAUUCCAUCUUUAUAAUCACUUAAGUGAAAAUCCUACUGGAGUUUUUGCAUGAUAUGCUAACUGGAGUUAUAGCACUCGCUCGGUAAGUCCCCUUUUUGCAUUUUCAAUUUUGAGAGUUCAUGUGCAAUUUCUUCCAUAAUGGACUCCAUCUUUAUAAUAAUUAUCAUUAAUUUAUAAGACCUUUAAAAUAAGAUUUUUAGUUAUUAAUCAAUCCAGUCUAAUUUGGUAUCUUAUUUUAAUAAUGAAGCCAUUUUAAAAAUUUGCGCGUUUACUUGUCAACUUUUUUCACACUUGUCACCAUGUUUUGACAUGUCACUUUUUAGCACUUUCUGAUAUAGAGAUUGAGCUCAUCUCUUUGAGAGACUCUGUUUUGCUCGUUCAAUAGUCCAAUACAUUUUGCUCGAUAAAGGAAUCUAUAAAGGGGUAUGAGCUAUAUUGAUCCCAGUCAGAGCAAAAUUUUUUGUACUCACAUGUUAAGGAACAGCCAUCUAAACUUUCAGGGAAUUUAUUAA